AUGACAAACAAACAGGCAGAUCGCUUUCUGGGAAAGCUGCAUGACUGUUAUUUUGGCACAGAUCCUCGAGUCAACCAAGAUCUAGCCAAACAGUUGAACGGGAAGAACGUGAUCGUCGCAGGAGCUGGUCGCGGUAUUGGGCGAGCCUGUGCAGAGUUCCUCAGCUUCGGUGGGCUCAAUUCGCUGAGCUUAGUCGCCCUUGAGCAAGAUGAAGUGGACGAAACGGCCAAGCUUUGUAGGGAAGCGGAUAAGUCGCUGCGGACCAAGACGGAGGCGUUCGACGUACAAGACCACCAUGCCGUGCGGAAAUUUCUGGCGGAAGUGGUCGAAGAAUUUGGGAGCAUUGACGUUGUUCUCAUGAACGCUGGCAGACCACCUCAGUGGCUCCCGACGUCCGAGGGAGACCUGGACAUUUGGUGGGAUACCGUUGGCGUGUCGCUACGCGGGGCGUACAACUUUAGCAGGCUUGCACUUCCCGUGAUGCAGAAGAAGGGUGGAGGUAGGAUCAUCUUCACCGCCAGCGCUGGCGCUCACUCCAACAGAGGUAUGAGCAGCUACAUCGUGGCGAAACUUGGCAUGGUGCGGCUUGCAGAAAUCAUCCACGUGGAGAACUUCCAUGAAUACAACAUCAGAGCUUUCGCGAUCCACCCCGGAAGCAUCCCCACGAGGUUCUACUAUGACUUCAAGGACAAGGCUGAGGGUCGGCCGAAGGAGAGAUCGUACAUCGUUGAGGGCGCUGAGGGAGAAGACAAGUCGGCGCAGACAGCUGUUAACUUUCUCGAAAGGGGCACCUUUGACACCCCUUACAUGGCGGCGGGGAUGGUCACCGCGCUGGCAAGUGGUAAGCUCGACUUUAUGUCAGGACGGUACGUGGAUUGCUCUAUUAAGGUGGAAGAAUAUGAGGAGAAACAUGACUCUAUAGUACAGAACGACCUGUACAGAGUGCGCCUGAAUGUUGGCGAAGGGAGGUUGAUCCCGGUGCUUGAUUUUUGA